CAAACUAGAGGAGCACACAUUCACUGAAAUAUUGUCUACAGCUCGGCCACUGUGUUAGAGCACUAAAAAUGUAAUUUCACUGGUCAGGCUGUCAUCAGUGUAAAUAUGGAUGUCCAACACUAAUAAUCUUUUAGUGUCGCAUGAACUAUGUCCUUACAUUACUGUGCUGGUGUUAAAUCAAUAUGAGGUGUAACCAGUGAUAUGGAAUACGAUGAGAGACUCGCUCGCUUCCGCCAGGGUCAUGUCAACCCCUUUGAUAGGGACGAAAAUGAUGGCACUACAGACACAAAAGAAAUCCCUCCAAAACAUGAGGUAAGGCCAGAGCUGUUCUCCACCGAGACCAAAAGCCAAAGCUCCGACAGGGCCAUGGAUCUGGGGUUGGCUGAGGACCACUUCUCUCGUCCUGUGGGUUCUUUUGUGGCCUCGGAUAUAGAACAGCUGAAGCAGGCUAUAGAGGAGUGUAAGAGGCUGAUCUUGGAACUACCAGAGCACUCAGAGAGACAGAAGGACACUGUGGUCAAACUCAUUCAUCUGCGUCUCAAACUACAAGAACUGAAGGACCCAGAAGAGGAUGAGCCCAACCUGCGGAUCCUACUGGAACAUCGCUUCUCUAAGGAGAAGAGCAAGAGUGUCAAACAGACGUGUGACAAGUGUAGCACCAUCAUCUGGGGACUCAUUCAAACAUGGUACACCUGCACAGGGUGUUACUACCGUUGCCAUAGUAAAUGUAUGAACCUCAUUACAAAGCCAUGUGUGAGGUCUAAAGUGAGCCACCAGUCAGAGUAUGAACUGAACAUCUGCCCAGAGAUUGGCUUGGACAAACAGGAUUACAGGUGUGCCGAAUGCAGAGCUCCAGUCUCGCUCAGAGGCGUGCCUAGCGAGGCGAGGCAGUGUGACUACACUGGCCAGUACUACUGCAGCAGCUGCCACUGGAAUGAUACCGCUAUCAUCCCUGCUCGUGUUAUCCACAACUGGGAGUUUGAGCCUAAGAAGGUGUGCCGGUCAUCCAUGCGUUAUCUGGCUCUUAUGAUUUCCCGACCUGUGCUGAAACUCAAGGAGAUAAACCCACUACUCUUUAACUUUGUGGAGGAAUUGGUGGAAAUCAGGAAGCUGCGUCAGGACAUCUUGCUGAUGAAGCCCUACUUUAUCACCUGUAAAGAGGCUAUGGAGGCCAGACUGCUGCUGCAGCUUCAAGAUCGGCAGCACUUUGUGGAGAAUGAUGACAUGUACAGUUUACAGGACCUGAUUGAUAUCUCCAGCGGUCGUCUCAGCUGCUCUCUCACUGAGAUUCACACCACCUUCGCCAAACAUAUCAAACUGGACUGUGAGAGAUGCCAAGCCAAAGGUUUCGUAUGUGAGCUCUGUAAGGAGGGUGACAUUCUCUUCCCGUUUGACAGCCACACCUCUGUGUGUCAUGACUGCUCAGCUGUUUUCCACAGAGACUGUUAUUAUGACAACUCUACGACAUGUCCACGGUGUGCCAGAAUGACGGAACGUAAGCAAGAGGAGCCGGUGGAGCUGUAGCGCAGCAGGCUGGUGGUAGUGCAGCUUGUCACUGUGAUAGCACUUGAUGCAGUGCUAAAACUGACAUUAUGAGCAUGCUUACAUUACAGGACUAGAGCAUGUCUGGCUCUUCCAUAUAUUUGGCCUCUCUUUAUUUGUUGUCUUGUGCUUUUGUGCUGUGCUUGCAUCUUUGAUGAUUUGCCACACUACAGCAUACGCUGAUUGGCCACUUCAGCAAGUACACCUACCUUGUAUCUGCACUCAUUGUCCAUUUUACUAUGUCCUUUUAUCAUAUAGGUGCACUUUGUAGCUCUGCAAUUACAGAUUGUAGUUCAUCAACUGUGUCUGAUCUGAUACCGGUCAGUGUCUCUGCAGUGCUGAGAAUGAUCCAUCGCCCCAAAAAUAACUGCUUUAUGGUGGUCUUUUGGGGGCUCCUGGCCACUGAAGGACAGACAAAGGAGCCUAACAAAGUAUGGAAAGAAACAGAUGGACUAUAUAGUCUGUAAUUGUAGAAAUAUAAAGUGCAGUUAUAUGGUAAAUGAAAUUGAUACAACAGGGAGUGUAGAAACAAGGAGGUGUAUUUAGUGAUCAGAGUAGAUGUUCACUUAAAGGCAGAAAAGGCACUGAAUAGGAGUUCAACAUGCCUAAGGACCUUUAGGCCUUGUUUGCACACAUGUAUGCAAGUUAUACUACUAUCUAAAAAAAGUAACGCUAGAGGUGUUGUGAAGACACAGUUUAACACCUUGUGCUUUGUGAAGGUCUGAUACCAUAUAACUGAUAUUCAUAACUAAAUGUAUGAAUGGGUCUGGUGUAUGGUUAAAAUCCAUUUAUGGUUGUGUUUCAUAAUAUAUUUCUGUGUUUAUCUCUAUUGUGUAUCUCUAUGGACCUGGCAGUGUUUGAUACAUGUUACAAAAUAGCGCAAGCACAAGAUCAACACUAAAAGAUUUCCCUCAUAUUAUUGAACAUUAUCAAGAUUAUGUUGUCAUAUGACUGACAAAUGUUGCUAAAACUGCAAAAGACAUGUUGCCAUAUUUGGCACAUUAAUUUUGGCAUUAAAUUUGUUACUGGUUUGUCAAUUAACAUGUAAGGAGGAACAAGGUUAAGGUAUGAUGUUCAGCAGUAAGAGUAGUUUUUUGUAUUAAUCAGUAAGUUUUUAUUUUGAGGCUGGAGAUUCCUCAGAAUGGGCUUUGUUUAUGCACUCUAUAAUUAUUUGUUCUAAAAUAAUAUGGAAUACGCUGUGUUAUGUUUCAGCAUGUUAUUUAAUUGCUUGUUUUCCUGUGACAACUGUACCAGAGACCUUGUGGUGUCAGAUGUUGUGGAGUUACAUUUACAUCAGUAAACUGUAAUGUUGAUUACAUCAUGAUGUCCAGCAAGUAAAAUACUAACAAACUAACAACAAUAAAUAUGCUCUGGCUGUUUUUUAAAUGAA